AUUCCUUGUUUUGUCAUGGGAACGAAUUUUUAAAUACAUUACAGAAGGUUUUCAUGUUUCUUUAAAAUGAAAUAUUUAGUUGUUUAAUGUGCCCACUUAGGAUUUAAUCAUGGACGAGAGGGAGGGCGGAGAUAAAAUGAAAGUACAAGGUACCUCAGCUGAUAACAAUGUAAACAGUGAUUCUGAGGUCAGUCUUACGAACUCAGGUGACAGAUCAAGUCAGAUGGAGUAUGAUAUUAAUCCUAGAUUGAAAGACAAAGCAGAAUCAGGGGGAAAAAAUAGCAAUGAAGAGGUGAACACUUCACUUCCUGAUUCUAAAAACGGCAAGCUCUGUGGAUGGCUUCAUAUAACGACCAACAAAGGCCCGCUGAAAUCUACUCGACUAAGGUGGUUUGCUUAUAGUGACACCAACAGCAGACUGUAUUAUUAUAGGAAUCCUCAUGAUUUUCUCCCACUUGGAGAGAUUGACAUUUCACAUGCCACAUUUUACUUUGAUGCUAGUAAGACGGAUAAACCUGGAGGAUUUGAGAUCAGAUCAGAAAACAAAGAUUACUUUCUAGAGGCACCAGAUCGACACGUAAUGAUGUUUUGGCUGCAGGAACUACAAAAUAGAAGGCGUAGUCACACCACUCAGAGGAACUCUCUUCCUAGACCAAAGACUCAUAGACCAGAUUCUUUGGGAGGAUUAUCAAGAGCUAAAUCAACCUCAGAGAAACAGGGGCAGUGUGAAACUCAAAAAGGUGAAAUUCCAGUAAUCCCUUCUUCAGAAAAACUUGGCAUCAGGCGAGCUUCUCUGGAUGAGUGGACAUCAUCAGCAGGAAAGCCAUCUAUGUGGAGAGCAUCAAAUCUCAAGUCGGAUAUCCAAGAUGUCAUGGUCAACAUCAAAAAACAAUCAGUUCAAGGCCGAAAAUCUGAUGCUUCUAACACUUCCUCACCAUCCCCAGCUGCAGAAGAUUGGACAAUUUUGGAUCAGUUCCCUACUCAGAGGUCCUCUGGUGACCUUUCACCUCCUAUGAGGCACCAAGGGAAAAUCAUUUCAGCAUUUAAUAAACUGAAGGUUGUCAGACGGUCCAAAACAGUUGAUGACCCUGCUAACCAACAAGGAAUAUGUUUCAGGUGUAAACAGCUUCAGAAUAAUAUUUCUGCACUGCAUGAGGAGCAACAGGGAACAGAAGAUGAACUUCAGGCCAACAGAGAAAUCGUCCGUCUGCUCCAGAAGGAAGUCGACAGUCUCAGGAAGGAAAUCCAAACAAGAUUUGAUGGGUUGAACCAGUCUGAUGAAGGGCUUCAUCAAAUGCUUAAGGAGAGGGAUAAACAUAUUGUAGAAUUGGAAUAUUGUUUGACCACAAUGAAUGAAGAAAAGGCCAUUGCUAGUCAGAAACAGAGAAUAACAGAAGAGGAAAUGAAAUCCUUGAAAGACCAGGUGACUAUGCUUCAGCACAUGUUGCAGGCUAAGGAUGAGGUCAUUGUUAAACUGACCAAUGAUAUGUUUGAGCUGGAGAAGAACAACAAUGACCCUCACUCCUGCCCCGCCCCUUCCAGCCCCACCAUCAGAAAGACAGUGGUGUUUGAUACAGACACCAGAGAGCUAGAGAAACUCAGGGAUAUGUGCCAAGCUUAUGAGUUACAGAACAAAUUCUUGACCAAAGAAAUUCUGGAGUUAAAUGAACUCAGGCAGAGUGAUGAUGAAAGACAUAAACGUCUAUUGAUGGAAAAUGCGAAUCUUGAAGGCAAGUUCUUACAGACCAAAAGUAAAUACCUCUAUCUGCUGCAAGAAAUGAAACAGCCUGUCAUGGAUGGAGACAGGAACUCGCAGGCAAUUAUUUCUCAGUUGUUGACGGAUGCCAUUCAGACAGAUGAUGAUUUAGAUGAAAAGAUGGGGGACCAUGAGUGUAUUCUCACUUCAAGUGGACAAGAGUAUGACAAGUAUGGCUUUGUUAGGAGAUUUGACUUUGAAAGUGGAGAGUUUGACCCUGUGACUUUGGAAGCUCAGAAACUGGAGAGAAAAUCAACAGAAGUCAGUGAUAAAAUCAAGAGACAGGACGAGGAACUCUCUCACCAGGUUAAGUGGGAGAACUUUAUGAUGGCUCAGACUGGCAAGCCCCUUGUACGCUCACAAGAACUCAAACUCAUGAUCCGUUCAGGUGUUCCACAUGAGUACAAGGAGGCCAUUUGGAAAGGAUGUGCAAACUUUUAUGUUGGAUCAAUCAGGGACAAACUAGGACCUCAUUAUUAUAAACAAAAUGUGGCCAAAUUUCAGUCUCGGUUUCAUGACCCAUCAGCAAAACAGAUAGAGCUAGAUUUGUUGAGAACUUUGCCCAACAACAGAUUUUAUGAGAACAUAGAAUCCCCUGGGAUAAGCAAGCUAAGGAAUGUUCUCUUGGCAUACAGUUGGCAUAACACAUUAAUAGGAUAUUGUCAGGGUAUGAACAGACUGGCAGCCAUUAUCCUGCUGUUUCUAAGUGAAGAGGAGGCAUUUUGGUGUUUGGUGGCCAUCAUUGAUUUUAUCAUGCCACAGGAUUACUACAGCAAGACAAUGUUGGCAGCUCAGGCAGAUCAGCGAGUGUUGAAGGACCUGAUUCAGGAAAAGCUCCCUCGUGUGGCCUCACACCUGGAGCAGCACUCAGUUGACCUUUCACUCUUCACCUUUAACUGGUUCCUGACUGUGUUUAUUGACAACAUUCCUAUUAACACAUUCCUCAGAAUCUGGGAUGCAUUCCUGUAUGAAGGGAGUAAAGUGCUGUUCCGAUUUGCCGUGGCAUUUUUCAAGUAUGUGGAAGAGGAUAUAUUGAAGAAGACGAGUACGCUGGAACUGAACCACUUCAUGAGGAUAAUGGGAGAAAAAAUCACAGAUGUCCAGAAAGUAGCACAGAUUGCAUUCCAUACAGUGAAUCCUUUUCCAAUGAGAGGCAUUGCAAGUAAAAGACAGUUCUACCUGACACAAGUUAGGGGAGAACUUACAGAGUUGGAUAAAAUCAGACAGGAAUUGUCUUCUAAGCAUUCAAACACUGAUGCCAGGGAUUAUGCCAGUGAAGAUGAUAUCGAUGAUUAGGGAUUUUCAAUCUACAGAAUAUCAGAAAAAAUGAACUAUUAUAUCAACAAUAUAUAUCAUAAGGUUUUUUUCCUUCUUUUGCAUAUCUCAAUAAAGUCUUCCACUAAAGAUAUUACAAAGCGUAUAUAGACAGAAAGAUGUCCAGAAUUAGAAUUUUUUGUAUGUACAAUUGUAUUACUUUAUAAACAGUGCGACACAAAUGGUUAAUCUGAUUGAGAAUAAGAGUUGUUGGUUGUACAACAAAAGGGUAAUUUUUAACAUAAUCAAUCUAGUCAAAAGAAAUUUUAUAUAUAUAUUUUUUUAGUUUUCAUAAAAGCCUACAAAAUUUAAGUUUACUUGUUUAUAUAAAAAUCAUAUUUAUGAAUGUUUUACCAAUUCUUGCCUUUAUACAAAUACUGUUAAACCAACUAUUAUUCACGACAUCUUUUAUUUGCGAUUCUUCAGUUUGGAAUUCAUCUGCGACUACUGAUUUUCGCAACUGAGGCAACAUUCUACAUAAAUACAUAGGUGAAUAAUUGGUUCGCAACUAGAAAUAUUCACUAAUGAAAGAAGGUCGCGAAUUUUCUCACUCGCGAAUAAAAGUUUGUUUACAGUAAUACACCUAAGACAUGCGGUUAUGGGUGAUAGUAAACAUGUUGCAAUGGAUAAUCAUAUGCAUGAUGUCAUGGAAAAUGAUGGUUACAUGUUUUUUGGGUAAUAAUCUGUACAUUGUUAUCGAUAGAUAAGUGUGUUUUUAUGGAUCAAGUUCUGCUGUGCAAUAUUUUUUUUGGUAUUUUUGUAACUGAAAUGUCAUUCCAGUUCUUAUUAUAUUACUUAAUUUAAAGUCUUUAGUUAUUAUUUGUUAUAUUUAUGAAAUAUUUUAGCUAGUGCUUUAUAUCAAAACAUUAUUUGAUGAAUGUGUCUGUAGACAACCUACUUAAUUAUUUUUAUAGAAACAUUUACAUUGGAUAUUAGAUGUGAUAAUUGAUGAGACAAUCAGUCACCAAAUUUAUACUGCCCAAAAUGUUCCUCUUUCCUGUAUUAUUUGAAAGUAUAUUUCUUGUAUGAUAUUAAUAAGAAAUGCAUACUGUAAACGUAUUACAUUUGGCUGUGCAUUCUAAUUAGCGCCUUUCGCGGAAAGCAGCUUCCGCUAAAUCAAGUACAUUGCUAAAUGUCUUAUGUAUGCAUAUUUAUAUAAGUAACUUUCAGAAGGUGCUAAAUCAAAUGUAUGCCAACUUGCUGAAAAAUCAAUUUCUGCCAAAUAUCGUACACGCCAAAUAAAAUACAUUUACAGUAUUGUGAGCAUUCAAAAUUAACUACCAGUAAUGUUUCAUAUAAGAACUUGAGUUAUUAUCUUUGCUUCUUUUUUCCUUUUGAAGAUAGAUAUCCUGGUAUUUGAACAUGUAUAUCAUUUGUUUUUACACUACAAAAAGAAUACACCCUUAAACUUACAUAUUAAAGCAUUCAAAAUAGUGUGCAUUCAUGCAUUUGAAAUGAUGUUUAAAUAUAUACCUUUUAACUUACAAUAUGAAUAAAGAACAA